UGGCUGAGUGUAGUUGCGAAGGAAUUUCUCAAGCCUGAUGUUGCAAUGCGGAUAGUCAUGGAUAGCACGAGCUCGGACCAUAGUCCGCCUCUCAGUGAGAACGCUGGCAGCUCCUGGGCUAAUUGGGAAAAUGAAUUAAGCUCUGUGUCAGGACUAAACUUAGGAAGCAACAGUGAGCUAAAUGGACUUGUAGAAGACAAAGAAAUUGCUGCACGAGCUGUGGCCUUUGUUGUGAACAGCACUCGCAAAGGAAUCGUCCCACUAUGUGCCGACGUGGCCAACCUACUCCAUGCCAAGAGACGGUUAGAGAAGAAAGUAUUUAUGAUGAAACGUGAGAACGAAGCCCUGCGAUCAUCUGCGUCCAUAAGCUUUAGAACAAGCCAUUCCACAAGCCCCACUCAGCCAGCUUUCUCUGCCUAUACUGACAAGUCUCUGCUGCAUGACCAGUGUGGUCACACACAGGAGCGGUCGCGGCCAUGUUCUCGAUGCAGCCAGUGCUCCAGCACGCUCAGCAACUCCCCCAAACUGGAGCAGACGUACAGCUUCAAGGGCCACCUCCACUCCCCCUCUACACACAGAGAGAGUCGACGCCGAGGGUCACCACGUGUCGGGCAUCGGCCAGUCAACGGAAUCAUGACACAGGCAUUGAUCCACAGUCCACCAGAGGGAGUGGCCACAGACUCCAGUGAUUCCAAUAUUCCGUCGGAUAGGAAAAACUCUCUUCCAGAAAUCAUUUCUGAGCCUGAGGAUGGUAUCAAGAAGAUCAGUCCGAAGGCAUCUAAAGAAUCCCAGUGCUCGUUGCUACAAAACACUGACUCUACCAUUGAAGAACAGUUCAUUGAAACAGUGAAGCUCAAUUCAUUAUCAGCAGAAUUACUUUGCAGAAGAACUUGGCAAGCUUUUAAACUUAUUUGGAAUAGGCCCAUAUACAAGAAGAAUCAAUGUGUGUGGUGGCAGGUGUUGAUGAUGUCUGUGUUGUUACAGAUGAACCAUCUGGCCCGAGAGUGUGUGAACACGUUUGUCCAGGACGAGGAUGGGGAGGGAAGUCAGUCGUCCAGCUCACUGGAGGAGAAGUCCUUCACAGACUACGUGCUACAGACAGUGGGAGGACAGCGCAGCAACUACGUGCUCAAUGGAUUAAGUAAACCACGAAUUCAUCGGAAGAUUGCUUUGACCAGCUUGAUGUUCCCGGAGCCUCUGUUUGGCUGCAAGUGUACAGCGUGUGAGGAAGCGAUGGGAGGGGAGGACAACACUGCCUUGUCCCACAGUCUCAGUGAGCACCUGCAGAAGUUCCCCAUCAGUGGGCGUGUCCAGGUGCAGCUAGAUGACCAUGUGGUCAUCAAGGGUGACCGUACAGGAUACAUCCGCUAUGUUGGACAUCUGGACAAAAUCGGACAACCCAACAUGAUAUUUGUAGGCUUGGAACUUGAUGCUCCUGUGGGUCGGCAUGAUGGCUCUUUAGAUGGGAAACGUUAUUUUUAUUGUCGGAAGGAUCAUGGAAUAUUUCUGCCGCUCCAUGACAUUGUCUGUCAUGUACAUGGGAAGAAACACGAGUCACAGGAUAUGGAUGAGAGGAUCAAGAAAUCACACCAUGCCCCUCCGACAUCGUCUCCCCUCCCACGCAGCCGGAUACGAGCCUUGGCUCGGCGGAAACUGGAGAAGAAGGAACUGGCGUCCUUCUUUAAUAAGGACAACAAUAGGAAACAAAAUUCAGAUGAUGUCUUGUGAUCGUGGCUUCUGCAAUUGUACAGAGAAUGGCUGUCUGUCAUCAUCGAUCCACCUCAUCGUCUGCUGCCCUCACGGACACAAGUCAUAAAACAUGGGGAGGGCACAACAAUAAGUUACUUGUCAGAUUCUUGUCUUUUUCUGUCAAUGUCAGGAUGAUUGUGUGUUUUUUGUGUCUUAAUAUUGUGAUGACAUCACAAGUUUGUUAACAACAACUAAAUACAUGACAUUUCUGAUCAACAAGUCACUAGUUAGUUGUGGUCUCCCUUCAAUCUCUUUUUUAAGUUCUAAUGUGACUAAAGGCAACAUGUACUUUCACUCAUCAUCUGCUUGAAGAACCUGAUCUUGUUGUCUCUUCUAAACUGAUUGCUGACCAACAGUGUGUGGACAGCGAGAACCUGGGACUGGAUGACACAACCAGACGAUUCCUGUUGGAAAGUUUUGAAAACGAGUGGGAGAACUAUUUCGGCAGCUUCACUACCCCUACUUGUACUCUACUGCCUGUGUCUGGCCUGUGUGUCCACCAUUAGAGGUUUUUAGUUAGCCUGUCUCGGAAAAGUGUAGCUGAAUAUUUUUCAUAUGAUUUUGCAAGCUGCAGUUCUGAGCUUUGACUGCUCAUUCAAGUUACCUGAAGCUAUAUCAGUAUGAAUGUUGAUAAAUAUGAGCUAUGUUGGCAUGUAUGUAAGAAAUGGUUUGUACGUCUGUGAUAAGGAAAUUGCUAGUUCAUUGUGGAGGGCCAGGGUGUUGCCUGCAACAAACAGGACCCAAACAGCAGUGUCUUCACUGGACUGCAGUGACCUGGAGAAACACCUUGUGGGCUUGGUGCAUGGACUACAGCGACAUGGAGAAACUUGGUGCAUGGACUACAGUGACCUGGAAAAAGAUGUUGUGAAUUUGGUGUAUGGACUUGAGUGACCUGGAGAAACACCUUGUGGGCUUGGUGCAUGGACUAUAGUGACAUGGAGAAACUUGGUGCAUGGACUACAGUGACCUGGAGAAAGAUGUUGUGAAUUUGGUGCAUGGACUACAGUGACCUGGAGAAUGAUGUGAAUUUGGUGCAUGGUCAACGAUAACCUGGAGAAACAUCUUGUGGGCUUGGUGCAUGGACUACAGUGACCUGGAGAAACAUCUUGUGGGCUUGGUGCAUGGACUACAGUGACCUGGAGAAACAUCUUGUGGGCUUGGUGCAUGGACUACAGUGACCUGGAGAAACAUCUUGUGGGCUUGGUGCAUGGACUACAGUGACCUGGAGAAAGGUCUUGUGGGCUUGGUGCAUGGACUACAGUGACCUGGAGAAACAUCUUGUGG